AUGACGAUUGAAGUUGAUGCCGAAAAGGCUGACGUGGACUCGGACAUGCGUAUUCGCUACGCUGACGAGGAACGGCCCCAAGAGAGCAGGCGUCGCUCUCUGCACAGAAAAUCAUCGGUUGGCUCCAUGUCCAUUCGAAGUGCGCGUAGGAUUGUUCCGCCUGAGACCCUCCUUCCAAUUACAUACCGUACUCUUUCUUAUAAUGUCGAAGAGUCCAUCCAAAAGGCGGAAGAGGCUCCUCUCAAAGGUGCCACACAAGCUGUUGAUGGUAUAUCGGAGCUAGACUGGCAUUUGAUCCCAGUUGAUCACAUAGUGUCACGCUUGGAUACCUCAGUCUCCCAGGGCCUUUCUGCAGACCAAGCCCGGAAACGUAUACUGGAACAUGGCAAAAAUGCACCCACCCGUCCUCGCACUGAAUGGUUUCGCAAAAUUAUGGGAUAUUUCUUUGGUGGGUUUGGCAUAUUACUCUUGACCGGAUGUAUCCUUGUCUUCAUCGCCUGGAAACCCCUGGGAGACCCUCCAGCCCUCGCAAACCUGGCACUGGCUAUUGUCCUAUUGGCUGUCUUCUUUAUCCAAGCUGGUUUUAAUGCCUGGCAGGAUUGGUCAUCCUCGAGAGUCAUGGCCUCUAUUACCACAAUGCUUCCUGAUGACUGUACAGCAGUUAGGGACUCUGCUACUGUUGUAAUGUCUGCCGUUGAGCUUGUACCUGGAGACGUGAUCACAAUUAAACAGGGGAAUAAGCUGCCUUGCGAUAUUCGAUUUGUGGAAGUAUCAUCCGAUGCUAAGUUCGACAGGUCUAUACUCACUGGUGAAUCGGAGCCCGUGGAUGGGACAGUUGAAUCUACGGAUAAGAAUUUCCUAGAGACUCGCUGUAUCGGCCUCCAAGGAACACAUUGUGUCUCUGGUACUGCUACUGGCAUAUGUAUUGCAACCGGUGACAAGACAGUCUUUGGUCGCAUUGCCAAUCUGACAAGCAAACCAAACCAUGGACUCACCCCGAUCCAGAAGGAGAUAUUACGAUUUGUCUUGAUUAUCGUUAGCUUCAUUGCCUCUGUUGUCAUACUGGUUGUGGUUGUCUGGGCUGCAUGGCUGAGGAAAGCUCAUCCUGACUGGAUCAAUGUGCCGCUACUCAUAGUCAAUUGCGUGAGUAUCGGGAUAGCUUUUGUGCCGGAGGGGCUUCCCGUUGCUGUUGCGCUGAGUCUUACUAUUGGAGCGAAAAUCAUGAGGAAGAAUAACAUUCUUUGCAAGUCUCUCGCAACGGUAGAAACCCUUGGAUCUGUCUCUGUCAUAUGUUCUGAUAAGACGGGCACGUUAACCAAGAAUGAAAUGUUUGUGACCGACUGCUUUGCAGGCGGGCAUGAAUAUAGGGCAGACGACGUCAAAAAGUUCCUUGGUACCAAGUGCGAUAGCUCUGACUCUUAUAACAAUGCCCUUGAGCGCACCCAGAUACUAGGUGCUCUGUGCAACGCAGCUGAAAUAGAUGCAUCCACUCUCAAAUUUCCAGCACAGUCAAUGAAAAUACAUGGAGACCCUACUGACCAAGCCAUUCUACGAUUUUCUGAGUCCCUGGAACCUACCAAGGAACUCAAAACGAAAUGGAAAAAGAUCUUUGAGAUCGCUUUCAGCAGUAAGAAUAAGUUCAUGAUCCGGAUUAUGAAGUUCAUGCCGUCAGUGAAUACGGAAAAGGCGGAGAAGAACCCAGAGAUGGAACUUUCGAUAAAAGGGGCCCCGGAUAUCCUAUUACCACGCUGUCGUACGGCUCUUCAAAGCGAUGGCUCCAUUGCUGCGUUAUCCGAUCUAGAUAGAGGUUGUAUCGAAAGAGCAAAGAACAAAUGGUCUAGCGAAGGAAAAAGAGUGAUACUUCUUGCUAGAAAAGAAGUCACCCAAUCUGUUGAAGAUAGCCUGAAAAUGGCACAACCUGAAAAGUCUAUCACAGAUUACGCAAAGUCAGAUCUUACCUUUGUUGGAAUGUGGGCACUGAUUGAUCCUCUGAGGGAUGAAAUACCGGGUGUGAUUAAAACUUUACGCGGUGCCGGCAUAAGGAUCUUUAUGGUAACGGGUGAUUUCAAACUCACAGCGCAAGCCAUUGCAGUGAACUGUGGAAUAAUUAAGUCCCCAAAUGCGGCGGUUCAUUCCAUUGGAAAUUUACGCCGUGACUUCGAAAUCGAGCGGCAUAACCUGCAUGGAGAAGUAUCUCCUCUCGUUAUCAGCGGCCCUGAGCUUAUCACCCUCAAUGACAACCAGUGGGACCAACUCUGCACCUAUGAGGAAAUUGUCUUUGCCCGCACUACCCCUGAUCAGAAGCUUCGAAUUGUGAAGGAAUUUCAAUCCCGGGAAAAAAUAGUGGCAAUGACAGGCGAUGGUGUGAAUGAUGCACCAGCCCUAAAAGCCGCGGACGUCGGAGUAGCAUUGGGUAGUGGAUCUGACAUAGCAAUCGAAGCUGCAGAUAUGGUUCUUUUGGACUCAUUUGCUGCUAUUGUUGAGGCCGUCAAAUAUGGCCGUGUCACUUUUGACAACUUGAAGAAAACUAUCUGCUAUCUUUUACCGGCAGGAAGCUUCAGUGAGCUUUGGCCUGUUCUGGCGAACACUUUCCUUGGUAUUCCUCAGGCCUUAUCAUCGUUCCUCAUGGUCAUUAUAUGCUUGUUUACAGAUGCUGCUGGCGCGAUUACCCUAUCUUAUGAACAGCCAGAGAUGGAUGUCCUCCUUCGGCCUCCGCGCAAUCAGAAAACGGACCGACUGGUCAAUGGGCGUUUUAUUCUCCAUGCCUAUGGUUUCAUCGGUGUGUACGAGUGUCUUCUUUCAUUCGUCAUGGCUUUCUGGUAUAUGUCGAAGCGCGGUAUUCCAUUCAACGCCAUGCUUCUCAAAUUCGGCAAACUGGAUCCUCAAUAUGACCCAGCAUACGUCGCUGAAAUAUCCAACAAAGCAUCUUCAAUCUACUUCGUCAACCUCGUCAUCUUACAGUUCUUCAAUUUGCUGGCCACUCGAACUAGACGGCUAAGCAUCUUCCAGCAACCCCCAAUAUUUAACAAACAAACACAGAAUCCACUCCUUUUCGUGGCUAUGCUGUUUUCGCUCAUGAUUAUUUUUAUUUUCUGCUAUAUACCCGGAAUUCAAAACACAGUGGCUACGACGACUGUUCCAGUGGAACACUUCUUCCUUCCUCUGGCAUUCGGACUUGGUCUUCUGCUGCUCGAUGAGACAAGGAAGUACUUCGUUCGCCAAUAUCCGAAAGGUCUAUUGGCGAAACUCUCAUGGUAG